AGAGAGGAACAGCUUCACAUUUAGGGGUGUCAAGAGAGUCCACUACCAUAUCGUAUCGCAAAGCUAUACCUCCAGGAGGAAUUCAGUUCAGCCAAGAAUUUGCAAGAUGCCUAGAAACAUGAUUGUCCGGUGGUUCUUAUCUGCUCUCGCGUUGGCUUUGGUGGUGUUUAAAGGGAGCAACGCCUGGUCAUACAAUAAUUCCAUCGAGAAAAUGGACUACGAAACUGCCAGGAAAUGGUGUCAGGAAAAAUACACCGACUUGGUUGCCAUUCAGAACCACGAGGAAAAUCAGCACCUCAAUAAAAUAUUCAACUACUCUAAUGGUUACUACUGGAUCGGAAUCCGCAAAAUCAAUGGCAUCUGGACCUGGGUGGGGACCCAGAAGAUGCUAACGGAAGAGGCAAUGAACUGGGCAGAGAACGAACCCAACAAUCUGAAGGCCAAUGAAGACUGUGUGGAGAUCUAUAUCAAGAGGCAAGAUAAGCACCAGGGCAAGUGGAAUGACGAAAGUUGCAUGAAGAAGAAACGGGCUCUCUGCUACACAGCUGCCUGUCACUCAUCUUCCUGCAACAGCCAAGGUGAAUGUGUGGAGACCAUCAACAGCUAUCAGUGCCAAUGCUACCCUGGCUUCUACGGGUCCGAAUGUGAGCAUGUUGUGACCUGUGAAGCGCCGGUGACCCCCAAACAAGGGACCCUCAAUUGCCACCAUCCAGUGGGGAACUUCAGUUACAAUUCGACCUGUUCCGUUCACUGUGAAGAAGGGCACAUCCCAACUGUUGAUGAAUCAGUGCAAUGUACUUCAUCUGGACACUGGAGUGCUCCACUCCCAGCCUGUAAAGUGGUGGAGUGUGGGAGCCUGACAGAUCCCGAUCACGGAACGAUGACCUGCUCUCAACCUUCGGGAAGUUUCCCUUGGAAAACCAACUGCACGUUUGCCUGCCAGGAGGGAUUUGUGCUCAAGGGCUCAGACAGGCUUCAGUGCGGCUCUUCGGGGAAGUGGGAUAGGGAGCAGCCCAAGUGUGAAGUGGUCAAGUGUGAUGCUCUCAGCCAGCCCCAACAUGGCUCCAUGACGUGUAACCAUUCUCUCAGUGGACAAUUCUCUCUCCACUCAACCUGUCACUUCACCUGCUCAGAAGGAUUCAAGUUAUGGGGAGCAGCUCAGCUUGAGUGUAAUCCACGGGGAAAAUGGACAGAAGACAUUCCAACCUGUGAAGCUGUCCUGUGCACCCCACCCUCCAUCCCAGAGAGAGGCAAUAUGCUUUGUUCUUCUGGAAACUUCCAAAGUGGCUCCAGCUGUGCGUUCUCCUGUGAGGACGGCUUCUCCCUGAGGGGUUCGGCUAAUCUUCGGUGUGGCGAGACCGGGGAGUGGGAAGGAGAACAGCCCACAUGCGAAGCUGUAAAAUGUGAAGCCGUCGAAGGACCUACACACGGCUCUUUGCAGUGCUCCCACCCUUCCAGUGGAAAAUUUGCCUACGGGACAGCCUGCGAUGCCUUCUGUGAGGAGGGCUUCGCGCUACAAGGAUCGGCCCAUCUUAAGUGCAACACGCGGGGAGAGUGGACCCAACGAAUCCCCACUUGUAAAGUGGUACAAUGUGCAACCUUGACUGCCCCAGAGAAGAGCAUCAUGAACUGUUCUCACCCUAUCGGGAACUUUCUCUUUGGCACCGUUUGUGAAUUUGGAUGCCCAGAAGGAUGGAAGCUCAAUGGUUCCGCUGCCCUCAAGUGUGAUUCUACAGGAAGCUGGUCUGCGACCCUGCCCACCUGUGAGGCUCCCACAGAGACAACCACCUACUUAGCAGUUGGAAUGGCAGUCACCGGAACUUCCCUCCUGUCAACGGCCUCGUUCCUUCUCUGGCUCGCCAAACGCCUCAGAAAAAAAGCAAAGAAAUUCACUCCUGCUAGUAGCUGCCAAAGCCUUAAUUCGGAUGGUACCUACCAAACUACUUCAGAGCUGAUCUAACUCCAAAGAGAUAAGGUACUGAAGGUUCGUUUGCCAUCCUCAGGAAAGAAAAUGGAAGCUACUCCAAACAGCAAUCGUCCUUAUUGUCAAGAAGGUCUUUCUCUGGUCCAAGAUCCUCCUCUUACGCCCGAGAGAA